GCGGAGAAUUUCUUUGAGUAUUUAGUAACUUAUAGCAAACAAAAUAUUAAGUGCGACUUCUUUUAAAUUGAUUGACUUUUUGUAAAGUGUCAUUGAAAUUUGAGCUUUGCGUCCCUGAACUGAUACACAGGGCAAUGAUGAUCAAGAUUAUGUGCAUUUCGGCCUCACGUUAUUUGUGUCCGUAUUACAAGGAACCUAUGGCCAUUACUAACCAAAACCCAUGGCCGAGAACCAAGCAUUCACUACCAACAAGCAAGACAAGGAGGGGCAAGUUAAUGGAAGUCAAGGGGUGGAAAUAGACAUAGAGGGGAACCAUGCGACUGACACAGACCCGGCUAACCCCGCCUCAGGGGAGCCCUGCUAUGAGGACGUCUACCGCACCGGCAACUUUGGUAUUAUGCUUGGAAAGGUGGACAUCCCUAUUGGCAAGAAAUGGGUCAUUGCUCAAGCAAUGCGAAGUGCUCUUUUACUAGUAAUGACAUUGGCAGGAACCAUAUUACUAGCAGAGCAUUAUCCUAUUGCUGUACUAAGGGAUCUGGCUGUUUCGUUUGCCUGGGUGGCUGCCAUUUUUGCUAGCAUGACAACAGUGGAAGGAGUUUACUUUUUUUGGUGGAUUGAUAAGAAUCAGCAUCCCUAUGCAUGGCUGAUGGUCCUACGAUACACUGCUGUUGUAUCAUUUGUAGUUAACUGUUUACCGAGCUGGCUCUUUGCUUGCCUUAUUGCCGGAAGCAAUACAGAGAAAUUUGUUGGCUUAUCAGGUACUGAGGUGGCACUUGUCAAGGGUGUGUGGUGUGGUGUGAUUAUACUAGAAAUGUUGGAGGGAUUCCUGUGUUGGGCGUUUCUCUGGAAUCCAAGGUGGACAACCUUGAGUGAUUGCUGCAAGACAUGCUGUAUCUACCGUCCGGGAGAGGAGAUAGCACCUGGGGUUCCUGACCCCCCCUCCCAGCAAAAAAUGGCAAGAAUGGCAGUGGUAGCACUGGCUGUACAUAAUGCUAUUAACUAGUGUAAAAUGUAAUGAGACUGACACUGAAGGAAAGAUGGCCAAGUACCAAGUUCCUUAUCUCUGUUUGAAGUAGAGGAUGAAAAGAGUUGCAACAGUAGCACUGGCCGUACAAAGCCGCAUUGUCACCAAAUUUACUUCCGGAGGCCCCAGGGAAACCUCAACCAUUAAGAGACAAAAGGAUCUAUUAGAAUCUGUGCUAUUUAACAGGCCAUCUGCUCUAAAUUACCAGUCACAUCCUCAAAGCAACUUCAAUAGACAGACUACUGUCACAAUUUUGAAAUAUUUUUCAUGUUUUCCGUUUAAAAAUCAUCGGAGAUUAUGUGGCUUUAACUAGUACAAUGAAAUAAGACUGACACAUGAAAAAAGGGACUAGUGCAAUCAUGAUGACCAUGUAUCAAGUAUGUAAUUGCUGAUCCCAGGAAAAGAUGGCCGUACAUGACACUAUUAACUAGUACAAUGCAAUAAAAUUGACAUUAGUGCAAUCCCGAUCCCAGGAAAAGAUGGCAAAUGAGGCAGUAGAUCCCAAGAAUAGAGUAAUACAUUCUACUGACUGGUAGAUAGGUAGAUUAUAGUCAAUGUCAUCAGUACCAACAUUUAUGCUAUGAUGUUACUAUUAUCAAUAAUAAUAACCACACAGCUACAAGAAAAAAGAUAGUAGGUGGUUUACAAUUCUAUACUUUUCUUCAAUAAAUAAAGAGCAAUUUUAAUUUAUAUUUAAAAAAUAAUGUAAAACUGUCAUAAAAUACUUCUAUUAUUGCCACCCACAACAGCAUAUGUAAGGUUGGUUCAUUUUAUGAUAACGUUUUUUAAAUAGGAAACAAAAGUUCCUCCCUAUUUUUUUUUUCAAGAGUUUGCAGAUAUACCAUAGACCUCACACUUGCAAGAAAGCCCCUCACAGUACUAUAUUUCAUCACAUUACCUGGGAUAAGUUGUCAAGCUUGUUGGAUAUUCUCGAAACCCUCCUCCUCUUCUUUUGAUCUGAAAAGAUUUACCAAAACAAACUGUUAUAUCAGAAUUGUUAUUUUGGCAAGCAAAUAUCCAGGAUUUCCUGGACGGGGAGAGAGAGAGAGAGAGAGAGAGAUUAUGAUGAUGAGAGAGUUGAUAAAUGCAGAUAUACCAUAAUGUACUUAUUACAAUAGGGAGUAUUUUUUGGUAGUUGAAAGUGGUUUGAACUUAAUUUCAAAUAUAAAUGAUUGAUUGGCAUUGCUUUAAA